CUGCAGCUUUCCUACCACUGCACCACAGUGGAAAGUAGUCAGACGUGUCGGGUCAGUGGAAGUCAGUGAAAGGCGUUUCAGUUGGUAUUUGAUCUGAUCUCUGGCUGAAGCCAUGGGGCUUGUUCUGCGUGAGGUGAUUCUAUGGCUACUGCUUAUUGGACAGCUUCAGGCAAGCUUUAACUCUUUCUAUCGUGGCUCUACGCCUGGCAUUUGGGACAUGAGCAACCAGCCCCAGGUUCCCGGCUACCCGUCCAAGCUGCAGCCCCAGGUUCCCGGCUACCCGUCCAAGCUGCAGCCCCAGGUUCCCGGCUACCCGUCCAAGCUGCAGCCCCAGGUUCCCGGCUACCCGUCCAAGCUGCAGCCCCAGGUUCCCGGCUACCCGUCCAAGCUGCAGCCCCAGGUUCCCGGCUACCCGUCCAAGCUGCAGCCCCAGGUUCCCGGCUACCCGUCCAAGCUGCAGCCCCAGGUUCCCGGCUACCCGUCCCGGACUCACUAUCCCGGCCACUCGUCCAAGCACCAUCCCCGUCCCCCCUUUCCCGGCCACCUGUCCAAGCACCAUCCCCGUCCCUACUUUCCUGGCCACCUGUUCAAGCCCCAGCACCAUACCCAGUUUCCCAGUCACCUGACCGAGCCUCAGCACCAGAUCCAGUUUCCAGGCUACCCGACAGAGCUUCAGCCCCGGACCCACUUUCCCGGCCAUCCGUCAGAGCCUCAGCCCCGGACCCACUUUCCCGGCCACCCGUCCAAGCACCAUCACCAUCACCAUCACCACUUUCCCGGACACCCGUCCAAGCACCAUCACCAUCACCAUCGCCAUCACCAUCACCACGGUCACGGUCACGGCCACCCGUCCAAGCACCAUCCCCAUCACCAUCCAUCCAAGGCUCAUCCCCAAACCCAGUUACCCGCUCCCCCGGCCGAGCCUCAGCACCAGAUCCACGUUCCCGGCCAGCCGGCCAAGCCUCAGCAUCAGAUCCAGUUCCCCGGCCAGCCGGCCGAGCCUCAGCACCAGAUCAUCGUUCCCGGCCACCCGGCCAAGCCUCAGCACCAGAUUCAGUUUCCCGGCCACCCAUCCGAGCCUCAGCAACAGAUUCAGUUUCCCAGCUACCCGUCCGAGCCUCAGCAACAGAUUCAGUUUCCCAGCUACCCAUCAGAGCCUCAGCCCCGGACCCACUUUCCCGGCCACCCGUCCAAGCACCAUCACCACUUUCCCGGACACCCGUCCAAGCACCAUCACCAUCGCCAUCACCAUCACCAUCACCACGGCCACCCGUCCAAGCACCAUCCCCAUCACCAUCCAUCCAAAGCUCAUCCCCAAACCCAGUUACCCGCUCCCCCGGCCGAGCCUCAGCACCAGAUCCACGUUCCCGGCCAGCCGGCCAAGCCUCAGCAUCAGAUCCAGUUCCCCGGCCAGCCGGCCGAGCCUCAGCACCAGAUCAUCGUUCCCGGCCACCCGGCCAAGCCUCAGCACCAGAUUCAGUUUCCCGGCCACCCAUCCGAGCCUCAGCAACAGAUUCAGUUUCCCAGCUACCCGUCCGAGCCUCAGCAACAGAUUCAGUUUCCCAGCUACCCAUCAGAGCCUCAGCCCCGGACCCACUUUCCCGGCCACCCGUCCAAGCACCAUCACCACUUUCCCGGACACCCGUCCAAGCACCAUCACCAUCGCCAUCACCAUCACCACAGUCACGGCCACCCGUCCAAGCACCAUCCCCAUCACCAUCCAUCCAAGGCUCAUCCCCAAACCCAGUUACCCGCUCCCCCGGCCGAGCCUCAACACCAGAUCCACGUUCCCGGCCAGCCGGCCAAGCCUCAGCAUCAGAUCCACUUCCCCGGCCAGCCGGCCGAGCCUCAGCACCAGAUCAUCGUUCCCGGCCACCCGGCCAAGCCUCAGCACCAGAUUCAGUUUCCCGGCCACCCGUCCGAGCCUCAGCAACGGAUUCAGUUUCCCGGCCACCCGUCCGAGCCUCAGCCCCGGACCCACUUUCCUGCCCAUCUGUCCAAGCCCCAUCCCCAGCCCCACGUUUCCGAACACUUGUCCAAGCCCCAUCCCCAGUUUCCCGGCCACCUGCCCAAGCCUCAGCCCCAGUUUCCCGGCUACCGGUCAGAGCCCCACCCCCGGACCCACUUUCCCGGCCAUCCGUCCAAGCCCCACCCCCAUCCCCACUUAUCCGUCCCCCAGCCCCAGUCCCCCAGCAACCCGGCCAGGCCCCAUCCCCACUUUCCCGGCCACCCGUCAAAUCCUCAUCCCCAUCCUCACUUAUCCAGCCCCAAGCCCCAGCCCCAGUUUCCGGGCUACCCGACCAAGCCCCAGCCCCAGUUUCCGGGCUACCCGACCAAGCCCCAGCCCCAGUUUCCGGGCUACCCGACCAAGCCCCAGCCCCAGUUUCCGGGCUACCCGACCAAGCCCCAGCCCCAGUUUCCCGGCUACCCGGCCAAGCCCCAUCCCCACUUUCCUGGCCACCCCUCCAAGCCCCAUCCCCAUCCCCACUUAUCCAGCCCCCAUCCCCUCUUAUCCGGCCCCCAGCCCAAGCCCCACUUUCCCGGCCACCCGUCCAAGCCCCAUCCCCAUCCUCAUUUAUCCAGCCACAAAGAUUUGGCUUAAAGGAAGAUUUGGCUACAACUUGUGGAUAUCCUUGGAGUUCCAACUGAUUGGCCUUGAUUACUUCAAGCUUGUACCCUGACAGUCUUUGGAGAAAUAAAAUGCAUUUUAUACUAA